AUGGCGUUGGCGCUACUCGGUCGGCUGCCCGCACCUCGCCUCUUUCACCGACGGGGAGAGAUGACGAGAACAGGACCCAUUGCAGACCACCGGCGCAUUAUACGCAGAAGGGAAGGUGCCGGGUCGCUGCUUUCCUUUCUUGCUCUUGCCUUUUUGGCUUUGCACGACCCCUCGGUAAACUCGUCCGCACCUGCUGUGCCGAAGUACGAAGUAGAUUCUGAUACUGUCAGCCGUGCCUUCCUCAGUUGCGCAACACCAGUCCGGUUGGCAAUUCCCCUCCCCUUACCCCGUGCUCGCCCUUGCAAUAUGGCACCUCCUUCGCCUGGUUUCGGUGUCCCGCGACCCGCAGGUCCUAGCAGUUCGUAG